AUUGUUCUUUGGGACUCAGACAUAAGUUCUGGCUGUGGAAGUAUGAUUAGUGAUUAGUGAGUGAAUAGUGAACAAUUCGGAUAUAAAAUAUUGGCGGAUAUUGGAGAAAAUAACCCGUAAAUGCACGGCCCGUAUAUUGAAGGAAAAAUAUAUGUAACACACCCACCAAUAAACAGUAACACUCAAAAUGACCACCUCUAAUGAACUGCUACACCUGCGGCUGCUCCGCGAAGAACUCUAUGACCUGGAUAUCGAAGACAUCCAGGAGGGGCUAGUGGAAAAGAAAAUUUUUAGCCAAGCCGAAUAUAACGAAAUACUCGCCGAAUCAAACGAGGAUGACCGACUCGAUUUGAUCUUUACCAUUUUGGAACACAAAAUCCGCUCCGGUAACAUUUUUAUCAUUAAGGAAUUCCUGGAAGUGCUCAAACCCUUCUACAAGUGGAUCGUUGAUCGGCACGAGGAGGACUUGAGAGGUGGAAUCACGGGGCCCAUUAGCCGAUAUCUGUCCUAUCGAACCAACACAACCGUUCCCAACAUCGACGAGCUGAACGUGUUCCGGCGAGAGCAGCUCUGGCUGAUUCAAAAGUAUCUAAAACAACUGAAACACGGUGUUCGCGGCCAGAGAUAUUUGUUCGUGUACGGAGGAUUCGGAACCGGUAAAUGGACGCUAGUUAGCCAAGCUUGCGAGAAUUUCUCCAUCGUCGAACACAUGGGCUACAACAUCUUCUACCUGAGCUUGGCUAAUUGUAAAGCUCCGGAACAGACCCUAGAACUGUUGGAACACCUCAGUUUCCAGAUGGAAACCGACUUCAAAUCGGAUGACGUUACUUAUAACGGACGAUAUCCGACCAACGAGAUCUAUCUUCGGAAAAGGCGCCUAAUUCAACUUUUCGAAGACCGUUAUCGAAACAGUUUGCUGGUUCUGUCACACGUGCGCGAUCCCGAUCUCAUCAAAUCGUUUGAUCUCAAGUGCAAAACGUUGGUCAUAACAAGCGACAAGAAUGUGAUUGAAAGCAUCAAUGAAAACGAGCGUUUAGUAGUUGAAUUGCCAGCCGGAUUCACGGAAGAUCAGAGCAUGGAACUGUUUGGGAAAGCACUUCUUCUGAAAGCGGAUCAUCUGCCCCAGGAAGCACACCAGAUCUACAGAACCUGCAAAGGCAAUCCUUUCGUGAUCAAGCUGAUCGCACGCAAAAUGUCCGCCUACGCUCAAGGCGCCCACAAUAAUCCUUCCGAUGACCAAGUGCAGACAAUUUGGAGACAACUGGCUGGUGAACUCAGUCGGCAUAAAAUCGCCAUCGAAAAUAUGACAAUCAAAUCGAUUCUGGAUCAGCUGUCCCAGGAAGAACAGGAAGCCUUCAGAAGUUUGGUAAUCUUCCGAGAUAAUGUGAAAAUUCCAGCCAGUGUACUCCAACGUUAUUGGAAUUUUUCGGACAAGCAGACGGUAGACAUGGCUGAACAGCUUUUCAAAAAAGGUCUACUGGACAAGCGGCCUUGCAACACUGAGAUGUAUUACGUGCUGCAUUAUGUAUGUCAUAGUUUUCUACUAAAAGACAGACCAGGUGAAAAUUACGCUAACCUCCAUCGCCGAUUGGUUGAAAGCUAUAGGAUUUCGGAGGCCCUUCAACACCGCAUUGAGCUGGAUCUGCUGAAAUUCCUUCCGAAUGAUCACUAUUUCCACUUUUACAUUGCCAAUCACAUUCAGCAAGCCGGUAUGAAUGAACUGUUUCCGGUUCUGUUUCUGGAUUUUGGUUUUCUAGAACAGAAGCUGCGCUUUAGUGGGCUGCCGAAUACGGUCGGUGAUCUGCGCCAGUACCAGAAUCGUAUUUUCUUCCAACAUAAGGAUCCGGAACAGUACGCCGAACUGUUGACUGAGUUCCUAAUGAGCUCGGAAGUGUUGCUAACGAAAUCGGCAGACACUUGCUUGCUCCAGCUGGCCCUCAACUGUACGGGAAUGAUUGCUACCGAGGCCAGAAUCCAGGCACGUCAUUACGACAAUCGUGUUUGGUUCUGCGACAUUGAUCACACUCAUCAACAUCAACUGGUGCAGGUUAGAAGUGCUCCAAUCAAGGUUCGUUUUCUUGACUCCGGAUCAGCUUUGGUCAGUUUCAAAGAUAAUAAGAUCUCGUUGGCUGACCUUUCCCCGACGUAUUCGGCUCCUUCGACGAUAUUUGACGGUUGUGAAGGAACUGUGAAGGAUAUGCAAAUCGCUAACAAUUUUCUUGUGGCCCUGGACGAAAUGGGAUCGCUUAAUGUAUGGUCAAUGAAGAAUAUUCCCCAAGAUAGAAAUCCCCGGCAACACGAAAGUGAUGGUACUUCUCGCAGUCGAAUGCAGUGCUUAAGAUCGCAUGAUUUCUUGGAUCCUUUUGUUAGCUUUUGUGUGGUUCCGAAGAAACCCACCGUGAACGACAAGUCGGAACUAUUUGCUAUCACCAAGAAUGGUAUUUUAUACAUCUACAAGUUUCAGAAUAACUUCAUAGAAGAUACGAGCUGCAAGACAAAGAUAAAAAAUACAUACGUUAUGAAGUUACUGGUGGACGAUCCAACUCGUCUUCCGAAAAUACUAUUAAUGACGCGAGAUGGCAAAGGAUACAUCUUCAACCUAAGCUCAACCAGUGUUGAAUGCAGCUUUGACGAACCAGAAGUUGUGAAUAUCCAUUACAUAGGUAAUGCUUUGGUAUCGGUGAGCAAGAACCAGAUACGGUUGUGCAAAUUAAAGCGCGAUAAACGCAAUCAGCUUUAUACCGAUAGCUUUGAGAUUAUCUACGAAACUCCAGCUUACCAUCAAAAUACGUGCAGUGCCAUUUCGGAUGACUACGAGUACAUUAUUUUGGGAACCACACAAGGGAUCUCAUUCUUCAGCAUUCAGGAUCACGUGGAAGUGCGUCGUACUAAUAUCAGCCAUAGUAUACUGGACGUGGACAUUUAUUCGCUUGAUGAUGAUCAGUAUCGAUACAUACUGAUUUCAUCCUCGGCAGAUAACGGAAAUUUUAUAAAUAUGUACUCUCUUAUGGUAACUGCCACAAACCAGCUGGUAAGCAACCAGUAUGAGCUGCAGGGAAACUCCCACUUCCUAGUCGAUUUUGAUCAGGAACCUGUUACCGUAAAAACUGUCGAUCGCAAGCGCAUCAUACAGGAGCUAAGCUUUAAAACUAUUCAAGAUUGUGAUGAUUUCCAGAAGCUGAUUCCAAUGGUCGAAAAUCUUCCAUUGAAUAGCGAUAUCCGCCAAUUGAUCCAUACUAGUUCUGAAUACUAUUUAGGAUUAAAAAAUGGGGAAGUACUACGAUUGAAGGAAUGGAGUACCGCAAAUGAUGAGAAUCUUAGACCCAAGGUUAUCCUAAACAUGAAACAAGCAAUAAAUUUGCUCAAGUAUUACGAGGAAACCAAGGUGCUGGUUGCUGCGACUGAUAAGAGUUGCAUAAUCCUGAUAGAUGGUGUGUCCAAAAUUAAAAUCGAAAAAGAGUUUAGUGAAUGUUACAUGUUCAUGGAACGGUAUCUGGUGCUUGUUUACGAAAACUGCUCUGUUAUGAUCAUCAACAUACUGACCGAGGAAAGCGAAUAUCGACUCGACUACAGCCUAACGUAUGCUGCAUCAGCUUUUAAUGAGCAAUACCUGAUCAUAUGUACGACCAAAGGUGCUAUUUUGCAAUUAGGAAUAUACCUAGACGAACAAAAUUCUCUAGAGCUACGACUGCUCUACAUUUACGGACAAUCGGAAAACUCUCUGCCGCGUCGUAUCUCGAGCUGUGCAUUGUCUACCAACGGCGAGGUGCUAGCCAUAGGUUACAAAAAGGGUGCUAUUGAAAUUUACAAUACCGAAGAUCACAAACUUAUUGCCACUCUCGAAUCGCACAAAUACGCUAUAGCUUCGAUGUAUUUUAGUCCCUGGCUUGAUCCCAACAGUCCUCACAUUUUAGUCAGCAUUGGUGAACAGAUCGUGUUCUGGAGCUUGGACUACGUUAUCAACAAUCCUCGGCUAGAUCCGUUCGAUAUCAAAAGGCGUUCCAAUCGUUACAAAUCUCGUCCAUCUAUAACAUCGAAUGCCUUGGAUAUACACCGAUCUUCGUUCGGAAGCCGUUCUUCGGGCCUCUCUUCACCAAUGGCCGCCAGCCCUGCCCGCAACGGAUCGUUUAUGUUCGACUUCGAUGAAGCUGCUCAGCAGUGGCUUCACAAGGUCGGUCCAUCCAACAAACCCCAGCUGCUGUCCUGCAUCAAAUUGAUCGGUUCCGCAGAAAGACUUAUCAUCAAUCGAGAUUUCAACAAAUUCUUUACCAUCGACGACGAAGGUUACCUGUACUACCUUCGACUAUAUCAGCCGAGCCAGAACAGAAUAAUAAUCAAUUUCGAAUCGCCAGUUCGAAUGCAUAACAACGGAUCCUCUUUUCAUAUAUGACUAAGGUCACGCGGAGCUGCUCGAUCCAUAAUGACCUCGAUCUACUACAUCUUGAUGUACAUUUUCUACACUGCCGUGCUCAAAUGAGCACCAAGCGCAGAUACGUGCCAACUCAUAAGGAUUUCAACAGCUCAUCUCUGGAAAAAUACUCCAUACAUCUAUAAACCAGCAGCAUCUACCAAUUGUGCGAGCAGCCCGUCAUUUUUCAAUGUUUACUUAAAAGUAUUCUUCCCUCAGCGAACUCGAGGGACGCUAGCGCAAGUUUUUAACCCCAAUUUCUUUAUACAUCUCUAGCUUGUAAGUUAAAAAAGAAAACAAAACAACAGAAAUGUAAGUGUGAUAGCCAUUUUCUAUUGCAAAUGGCGCGUAAUGUGAACGAGAGACAAAAGACAAAUUUUCGUUUUUCUAAAACGAAUCAAUCGCUAACCUUAGAAAGUAUUAAGCGAAAAAUUAUACACAGUCGGAUUUUAAUCGUGAGAAAAAUUAACAAAAAUCUUAGAAACCAUUUCGAUCGAUCGUGUUUUUAACGUAGUAGCAAAACAAAUUCGCAAACGUUUUUAGCAAUGUGAAACAAGCAAUUCUAAUUAUUGGAAAUAUUUUUGGUUUUUUAACUAACUAUAUAAGUUUGGCAUUUACUUAGCAACUUACGAUCACACAUACAUAGACACACGUACAGUACACACGGUUUAGUCCUAUAGUUCUGUUGCUCAAAUAUUUGCAUUUGAUUGCCAUAAGUAAAAGACAAUGUUGUCUUGCUAUUUUCUAUACUCGGUUUUAUUUUUGUUUUUUAAACUUUUGUGAACCUACUUUUAUUCAAGUUUUUUAAGAUAGAAAAAAAUUGGAAACAUCCACCGUUAGGGAAUUGUGCGCUAGCAUUUAUUUUUAUUAACUUCCAUCCAUUUUAGUCUAUUUGUAUUUGUACUUUUUGGUACUACUGUAUUAAAAGAUUUCAAAUAAAGAGAAUUUUAGCUUAUAAAA